AUGCUUAGUAGCUCAGACUGCUUAAAAAAGCUAUCUUUUCCGAGUAGAUUUGUUCGCCAUAUUAGAGGGCAUAAAAUGUUGUAUAUUUGGUGUGCGGUGAUCGCGGCUUAUGCAGCGAUGAUCUUGUAUCUCCGACUUCCUAUGGUUGUUUUCCCUGCAUUUCUGUUUAUAACCUUUCUGGCGUCUGGUGGGCGGAAUUUCCCUAAAGUUUUCUUUCGAACGAUUCUGCGUGAUGUGAGGUACGUUUUUCUCUGAUUUUUAUCUAACAGACAAUCGAAGGUUAACAUAAUCGUUUAAUUUAUGAUCGUAAUUUGUUAAACAUGUACAUUAUUGAUCAACAAGCAUCGAUCAGGUACUCUACCGGUGUGCGACAAACGCAGACUGCAGACUUGCGCAGGUAAACGAGGUAAAUGUUGUUGUGAAAUGCUUUAACAGAUUCCCUGUCCCUAAACACUUAAAGGUUAGGGACAGGGAAUCUGUUAGAUCAUUUCACAACAAUGUUUACCUUAUUUACCUGCAAGUCUGCAGUCUGCGUUUGUCGAACACGGUCUCAGACAAAAGUGUAGUGAGGACACUUCUACCAAAAGCUGUUUUGUCUUUUGCUUUCUGGCCCGUCUCCUUGUCCUCCCAAUGUUGCUUAUUACACUAAACUUACCAAAUCUUGCACACCAACAUUGGGAGAGUAAGAAGACAGUAAAGUGUCCCAACAAUUUUGACUGAGACUGUACUUUAUCUGGUCUGUAAACGCUGUUAGAUAAACGAAAUGGUUCAUGCUUUUAGCUGUGUGUAUAUGGAAAUAUGGAUGUACUUGCAGUCUAUUCAACCUUAUUGGGAUUUUAGAUAAUUGAGGAAUCAUGCCAGCGCUGAAGGGGUGAGCUGCUAGGGCAAGCCCUAGGAUUUCACAGUAACAAUCGUUUCCGUUACCGUGUUGUUACCCUGAUCUUAAAAUAAUGGAACCGAAAAAUAGUUUGACAUGUCCUGAUAUAUUCAGACUGAGGGAUCAAAAUAUGCCAUGGUCAUGUAUACUAGGAUGUUGUUUCCUUAGUUAGUAAAAUGUUAAAUAAACAACUGGUCAAUAAAUUUAGUUUUUUCCCAACCACGUGCAUUAACCACUCCUUGCAAUUGACCAAGGACCCAAGCUGUGUUUACAAGGUUCUUCAAUUGGCAAUCAAUUUCAGAGAAGUACAGUAAUGAUUUUCACUUAUGGUAUAUAACUAAUGUCACAUUUUAUUGACAUUGUUUGGUUUCAUUGCAGGGGUAUUUUUCUUUAUUCAAAGGUGAUUUAUUACACCCGCCGUUAUAAAAGAGAAAAGAAAACAGUUCCUGAUAUAUUUCAACUAACAGUCUCCAAAUAUCCUCAAAAAGCUGCCAUAAUAUUUGAGCAGAAAACUUGGACAUUUCAAGAGGUUGAAGACUAUUCCAACAGGAUAGCCAAUUAUUUCAAGGCACUGGGUUACCAGAAAGGAGAUUGCGUGGCUGUUUUAUUAGAAUCCAGCCCUGAGUUUGUCUGUGCAUGGCUGGGACUGUCUAAACUUGGUGUUGUUACUGCUCAAAUCAACACCAAUUUGCGGCUUGAUUCACUUUGGCAUUGUAUAUCCGUUGCCAAUGUAAAAGCAGUAAUUUUUGGAUCUAAUUUCUCAGGUAAAAAAAUCUUGGCCAAAAUUACUACUAUUCAGUUUAUCCUGCAACCUAGCCCUCCAUUUGACUAUCCUAAGGGGUAAAAGGUUACGCACAAGNGAUUGCGUGGCUGUUUUAUUAGAAUCCAGCCCUGAGUUUGUCUGUGCAUGGCUGGGACUGUCUAAACUUGGUGUUGUUACUGCUCAAAUCAACACCAAUUUGCGGCUUGAUUCACUUUGGCAUUGUAUAUCCGUUGCCAAUGUAAAAGCAGUAAUUUUUGGAUCUAAUUUCUCAGGUAAAAAAAUCUUGGCCAAAAUUACUACUAUUCAGUUUAUCCUGCAACCUAGCCCUCCAUUUGACUAUCCUAAGGGGUAAAAGGUUACGCACAAGCUACACUAAACAGGCAAAGCAAGGCAGGAGGGUGUAACACUGGUGAAGGGUGAUUUUUUUCAAGUCUCACUCCUUUCCCAGCCAAUUACUUUUCACAGCUUCACAGCUUGGCCAUGAGUGACCUUCUAAGCUCACAAUUUCCCCAUGGAGAGCUUGCUUGCAGUCUGUUUCCAAUUGUUUGGUAUUUGUACACAGUGAAAUAAAAUACAGUCUGUAAAGUGCCACUUAUAAGCCUUGGGCUUCUACAUCUUCAUAGGAGGGCUUAUAAAAAAAAGGGCUUAUUUUGAUGGGGCUCAUGACCUUACUAGAAAAGCCCUUCAAAACAAGCUAUAUAUAGCAGUACUGAUAAAAAUUAUACAUUUUACAUUUACGACAACAAUGUAGUUUUUAAUUGUUAAGCUUCAAAACCCCAAGUAAAAAGUAACUAAGCAUUGCAUACACUUUUAUUUUUGCUAUUACAGGUGCUAUUAAGGAAAUCCAGACCAGAAUUCCAAGCAUAGUACAGCUGUAUUCUUUAGGAGAUUCCCCAACAUUGCCUUCAGCGACAAAUUUAGAGAAAGAGCUUGAAAAUUGUUCAUCCGUAGCACCCAAUGUCACUCACUCUAAAUCUAUUGCAGGUAAGUAAAGAAGGCAAAAACCAAGCAGUUUGUAGGAAACUGCAUGUAUGUGUUCAAUUUUAUCCUUGGUUUAAAUGUUAUUUUCUUUUGUUUUUGGGUAUGGUGAUGUAUGAUAAUGACAUGAUAAUGAGUUUGAAACAAAAAGAAAAUAACAGGUUUUUGCAGAAUUUAUGAUGGGUUAGCUGAUUGUAGAAGUAUAGGUAGAACCUGCAUUACCUGACCAGAGCUCCCAGCUGAAACCAUCGCAGCAAAUAGAAAACAAAAAUUGACAACUAGAAUGGGAGCUAAAGUCAUGCAAUUUGGUUACCUGUGUUCAGCUGUCAUGUACUACCGCAUUAAUUCGAUUAACACCUUAAAUUUUAGCAUUUCCAAUUCAGCAUUUAUUCAAGCGCAGCAUUUAUUUCAAAAUCACUUUUCUUACAUCACUGACACAGGGUUCAUACAAAGUCUUGAAUUCUUGAAAACGUCUUGAAAUUUGCCCAGUAAUUUUCCAGACCUGGGAAAAGUCUGGAAAAUGGUAAGAAGUCUGGUAAAAAGUAAGAACCCUGCUGACAACAGUUAGUGUAAAUUGUUUGUAAAUGGGCGAUUCCAGAAAAUAUCCAUACUAUACCACGGACGGCUUUUAGGAUUUCCAAAGGGGAGGGGGGGUUCACGAUUAUGGAAUUCUGAGGGCAUGGGGGGUAUUUACGAUUUGAAAUCCGAAGACAUGGGGGAAUUCCGCAGGUGGGAUUUCUGGAGUAGAAAGUGUAGAGUGAGUUCCUUGAAAACGCUAUUGUUGUGGACUUUUGUAGUUCGUAAAUAAACCACUCGAACGUAUGACCGCGGAAGCAGAAGACAAGCAUCGAUAGAUCAGACACGUGUUUACGCUCAUAACUUAUAGAAGUGAACAGUAAAACGUUGGUUUCACAUUUACCUUGAUGAAUUUCUUGCUUGUCACAUGAAUAAAAACUGAAAAUGUAUCUUUAAUUUAAUACCGCUUGCAAAUUUCUUGUUACUCCCGUCCGAUGAACAGUAAAAAACUCGCACCAGUCCCUCACUUCCAAGGAACGCCUGUCAGAUUAGAACACUUUUCGUGCACACAACAUGACAUAUAAAAGGACACAACACGACUAGACGGUAUAUUUGACCGCCAAAAGAUUUUAACAGUCUGAGUUUGAGCUAUUUUCCUUUGUAAACGUCAAAACAGCCAAGAAAACAAAGAGGAGUAAAAUUACCUUAAGUGGUGUUUAUUUUUAUAGCCAAAUUCGGACUUAAAAAGGAGUUUGCACAGCCUGGCCACUAGCGGUAGGUUUUUCUUGUCACUGAAGAGUAAAGCUUGUCGCCUGGCGCCGCUAGAUCACAGCCUUGAGGAGGCAUAAAUUCAUGUUCGUUUGUUCAUAUAGGCAUUGCUAAGUCGAAAAUGUACUUUAAAAAAAUGGAAAUUCUGAAGGGGAGGGGGGGUUCACGAUUAUGGAAUUCUGGGGGCAUGGGGGGGUAACGCAUUUUGGAAUUUCCGAAGGCAAGGGGGGGUUAAAACAUGGAAGCCGUCCGUGGUUGGGUAUGGAUAUUUUCUGGAAUUGCCCAAUAUUAUGUAAAGUAAGGUUUUUAAUGUCUCUCCUAUUUUGCUGAGCGGUCGUCCUUCUUUCCUCAGAGCCACCCACAGUGAGAGAAAAAAGUAAAAUUAUGCAAAUUAAUGGUAAAAAGGAGGAGAGAUUGGGGCAGAGAGAGGAAAAAGGAUGCCCUCGGAGGUUUUAUUGUAUUUUGAAUUACCAUAAGUGAAACAGAAAUGCCCGAUUAGUCGGCUACUUGUCAAUCUGUCAACACCAAAAAAUCUCACUCUCAAGGGAGUCAGUGUGGCUCCAACUUUUGUAGAACAUGGUGACCAGACAAGAACUGCAGUCACUGCACUCCAGUUUCCAAAUGGAAACGGAGAUCUGUUAAUGGAUUAACUAGCCCAUGCCUUUGUGGAACCUGAAGUAUAUUCUUGAUCAAAAUAUAUCCUAUCUAAAUUUCUGUACAUGACCACGAAAGGUGGUCAACCAUAAUACUGUAUCGCCAGGCUUCUUUGCUUUUAUGCUUUCUUCUUCCUGUACUUUGAGGAAUCCUGUUUUUUACAGAGUUUCGGGAUUCAUUACGAUAGUAUCAUUGCAAUACCUCACAGAUGAGAAGAGAUCCAAUGUUCCUAAUCAAACAGCAGUGAAUACCCUCGUUCCUCGUGGCUUCGCCACUCACCCCCCUUGCAUGCUCUCAAUCUACUGUGACUCAAAAGAAAAAUAAGAGAGAGCUCACAAUCUAAAUCGUAAAUGUCUGGAUGGUGUAAAUUACCAAGUUGUACCGAGUUUGUUCUAUUAUCCUCCAAUAAGCGCCACAUUCUUUCGAUAAGGUGCAGCAUUUAUUCAAGGGCGGCAUUUAUAGAUAAUUUUGCUUCAAUCUACGGCAUUUUGUCAAGGGCUGUGUUUAAUCGAAUAAAUACAAAAGUAGGUUGAGUUUGAUCGUCGGGGUGAACAUAGUCCUGAAUAGGACUGUUGUUGUUGACAGUGACUGACGUUUUGACAACCUGUGCGGUAGUCAUCUUCAGAGUCAAAGCGAGACGUUGUAUCACGUCAGUUGAUGGUAUUAUACUGUGGUUAUUGAUCUGAUUGGUCAAUUACGUCACGAUGUUAUUGGUCGUCUGUCAGUUAAGCUGUGAUGUUAUUGGCUAUGAAGACUCGUAAUCAGUAAUUGGUGCGUUUCGAUCCGUCUAUUGUCACAGUUAACCUUUGAAGUCCCAAUGGUUACCAACAUCAAUUUUCUCCUAACAAUAUCCAUAGAUUGUCAAGAGAUUAGGUUAUGAGAGUUAAUAAAAUGAUCAUCUAGGAGAAAAUGCUUUGAUCUUUUAUCAAAUUCUCAACACAUUCUUAAAGGAAAUAUGUAGAGAUCAGUUUGGAGAAUUUGUAUGUGGUUAUUGGGGCUUAAAGGGUUAAACAGUCGUCUAUUGUUUGUCAAAUUGUCAGUUCUCCAGUUGUUCUCUCGUAGUUAGUUUUGCUUGAUCUCGUGCUUUUAUUAGUUUUGUUCAUGGUCCCAAAGUACCCGCAAAAUAGGGGUUAACUGUCAGUAGGACAGUCAUUGGAUUUCUCUUCACCUCUCUUGACUGCAUUUGUCCUCUGUGGGUCUCCUAACUCGUGUACAUUCUCUUAUUCUUUUUAGAUAAGUUACUGUAUAUUUAUACAUCAGGGACUACAGGAUUGCCGAAAGCUGCAGUUAUAACAAAUGCUAGGUAUGUACAGACUGCCUGUGUAGCAAGCAUUUCCCUUCAAAUUCAUGGAGAAAGUUGGGAGGAGAGCAAAGAAGAGGAGUGAAUGGAGAGGGGUGGGAGGUUUCCUCUUCUCGCCUCCUCUUCCCCUUCAAUGUUAAUUCUAUUUGGUCAGAGGCCUGGUCUCAUCUACCCAAGAACAUUUACAAUUUUACCAUCCGCUACAUCAACAACUCCCUUCCUACACGUAAGAAUAUGGCAAGAUGGGAAUUAUUACAAAGUCCUGAUUGCUCCUGACUGCUCCUUAAUCCUGAAGCACUCCUUCAUAUUGUCGCUGGUUGAUCACUUCACCUGGAGACAAUCCUUCCCUUCAUUGCCAUUCAACCUGGAAUUUAAUGUUCACCCUUCACUCUAUGCCGAUGUUAAUGGUUUUCUGAAUCCUUCAAUAAUAACCGGUGAAAAUUAUCAUCCAGAUCUUCUUUUCCUAAUUCAGUCCAAGUGCCUACAUGUUCUAGAAAAAACAGUUGGUUUUGAGUCUAACCUUAAUAACAAUGCAGUGCGUAAAAAAAACAGAUCUUGGUCAAAGAAAUGAGCAGAAAUUACAGAUGUGUGAAAUUUGUAAACCUCUCCAUGAGCUCCCUUGGUGUUUUCUAUGACAAAUUAAUGUUCCACUUUCUUAAACAUUGGCAUUGACAAAAACCAGCAACAUUAUGUGUCAAAAAAAUGAUAAAUGUAGCCAUUAGAGUAACAUAUUACAUCUUUUGUUGUAGAAAUAGCAAUUGGGAUAGCCCAGACUUAAUGACAUUUUGAUUUUUGAAUAAUUCAAUCUCAAGCAGCCAAUUGUAACUUGCCUAUACGUAGCGAGAUUUACAAAUUAAUGUACAUUCAAAAAGACAAACAAAGAUUCCAUUAUUUAGAAAGACACUGGUAUUAACUCUUAAGGAAUAUACUGCUUUUAGCUGGAAACCAAGUUAUUUUAAUACCCCACCUCUCUUUCUUUUCAGGAACAUUACAUGUAGCUCCACGUACUCCUUUAUGACCAAUUUCUUAUCUUUUAGAUACUUUAGGAUGGCAUAUGGGAUAACAUGCGCACUCUGCGUAAGUACAGAAGACAUUGUUUACUCCUCCCUGCCCCUGUAUCACUCUUCUGCUGGCGUCCUCGGUGUCGGGCAGUGUCUCAUUAAUGGAUGUACAUUGGUUCUGCGACGCAAAUUUUCUGCCAGUCAAUUUUGGGAUGAUUGUGUAAAAUCAAAGGCUACAGUAAGUGCUGUCAUUUUUCUUUUAUUUUUGUGUUUGGUUUGGUCGGGGCAAUGUGGACACGUUUUGCAUGGGCAAAACUCAUACUCCAGUCAGUACAGUUGCAACUCUUACCCUUUUAUUGUUGUAAUCACGUAUGAGGAUGUUGUGGCUUAAUUUCAUCCUAACCUCAAUUAGUCUUUAUUUGUUUUGUGCAUGUGUGUGUAUGUAAGUGUUUGAUGUUGAGUAAAAAAAAAAGGAAAAUAAAGUUGAACCACAGGGAUAUUGAAUCUAUGGACAAAAUUAUGUUAAUAAUUUGACCAUAAUGAACCUGUACGUCAGCGGUUCUCUUGCGUUGUUUGUGUUAUUCAUGCUUCAUGAUUUUACUAAGCACUAAGUGCUUAGCAAAAGAGCUCGUACUAAUUUUUCAUGUUCUUAAACUGUUCUUGCUCGUCAACACGUUAUUUGACGAUGGAAACUUUUAUGAAGGGGUCGGAAGGUUCAUGGAGUCAAACACAGUCCUAAAGGCAAUACCUUCACUGUCAUUUUUUCUUGUGCGUUAGAUCGUUCAGUACAUUGGUGAGGUUUGCCGCUACCUUUUGGCUCAACCUUAUCGUCCUGCUGAGAAACAGCAUUCGGUGCGCUUGGCCUUUGGCAACGGUCUCCGGCCUCAGAUUUGGGAAGAGUUCCAGUCCCGGUUUGGCAUCAAACAAAUUGGGGAAUUUUAUGGCUCAACUGAAGGAACUGCCUCCGUAGUCAACAUAGACAACAAGGCUGGUGCUUGUGGUUUUGUUUCAGAGAUUGCGCCCGCUAUCUAUCCUGUGACCAUUAUCAAAGUUGAUCCUGACACGGGGGAAAUAGUGCGUGGAGCAGAUGGACUGGCUGUGAGAACCAAGCCUGGGGACGUUGGACAGAUUGUUGGGAAGAGCUCAAAAGGUAUUUUGUUUGACUUUAUUCGUGCUGAUUUUUGCGAGGCUUAUAAAAAAUUUUGUGAAAUUUAAGUCCCACAAAAGAAGCGAAGUUAAGUUGUUGUGAUUUUCGUUUUGUUAUUGUUCUGUUAAGUGUUGACUUAGACUCUUUUUAUCCUCAUUUUUUUUCUUUCAUUACGACUUUUCUGACAAAUCGCGAAAUUCAAGUUUCGCAAAAUGUACCUCUCCCAUUUUCAAAAAUUAUGUGACCGGGAAUAUUAGCACAAAUUAAUAUUUUAUUCUGUAAUAAACACCAAUUUGGCCUACUUAUUACUAAGCUUGAAGCUGCCUUGACUUAAGUCACAGGUGUCCCAACUGAUCCUUUUCUUUGAGUCACAUGUGACCCAACUGACCCCUUUUUUUAUGUCACAGGUGACCCUUCUAAUCGUUUCGAAGGCUACCUGAACCCCGUGGAGACUUCCAAGAAAGUCGCCCACGAUAUAUUCCGUAAGGAUGACACGGCCUUCCUUUCUGGAGACUUGGUAGUGAGGGAUGAGUUGGGCUACAUCUAUUUUCGCGAUCGAACCGGAGACUCGUUCCGUUGGCGCGGUGAGAACGUGUCCACAGCUGAAGUCGAGGCGAUAAUGAGCAAAGUACUUGGUCUUUGUGAUGUUGUUGUUUACGGUGUCUUGGUACCCGGCUGUGAGGGGCGUGCGGGUAUGGCGGCCAUUGUCGACCCAGACAACAAAGUUAAUCUUGAAGGUUUGGCUACUAGUCUGAAGAAAUUAUUGCCGAGUUACGCCUGUCCGAUGUUUCUUCGGAUUGUGCAUAACGUUGACAUAACUGGUACAUUUAAACUUCAGAAGAACAAGUUAAAGAGUGAAGGCUUUGAUAUAGGCCUCGUGGAAGACCAGUUAUACUACUUUGAUUCCAGAGAAAAAUUGUAUAUAGUUCUGGACGAGGUCAAAUACGAACAAAUUAUUCGAAGCGAAAUCAGAAUGUAAAAUAAAGUUAGAAGUGCAGGCGCCCCAGGUCACAGGAAGCCAAUUUAUUUGGAGCUGAAACCUGUCUAUGCCUCAUUAAUCUUUUGGCAGGUGGGGGGUGGGGGGAGGGGAUUUUAUGCCUUCUUGUCUUUCUCCGCCUUUGACGCGAUGUGGAUACCAAGUAUGAAAGUAACACCUUGCCUUGUUCUGGAGAAAGUAACCAUGACCGUGUUGUCUUCCUGUGACUCUUGAGUGAUUGUAGGCACAUAUGAAUCGUCAACUGAUCGACUAUACUGACGACUCUUAUGACUAGUCCUUUAAACUGAACGAGCUUACUCUCAUACACUUGAGAUCUUACGCAACCACGACGGCGACGGCAUAGAAAACAUCACCCAAAAAGUGCAUUACUUGAACCUUAUCGCAUUUAUUCAAACUCGCUGAAUUUGUCAAUGAAGGCAAAUUCGCCGUCGUCAUGUUUACUUCCUACAUUAAAGGGUGCAUGAGGAAAAUUUCGCUUCGUAGUCGCGCAGUGACGGCGACCUGCCUUUUUUUAAAAUAAUGAUUUUUGCCGUUCUCGCUGCCGUCGGCGUCGUCGUUGCUAAAACUCCUCUUUAGCUCACUUGAACUAUUUUAUAUGAUAUUAACGACCUCCUCCAAUUUGCUGUCCACAGACGUUUUAUCUUUCGAGGAAUUUUGCGAAUGCGUGCCGUGGGAAAAAACCCAAACGUAACCCCCAUCUGCGAGCAGUCUAGUACUACUGUAGCGGAUUUUGUUUUGAUAAGUACGCUUGGCAUUAUAGGAGCAGAUCAUCUUAAAAUCAGUUAGGCUUACCAUAAAUCCUCUAUCAAGCUCCCUCUCUAAUAAAUCCCUCUUUUUAGGGUAAGAAAGUUAUUAAGCCCCCCACCUCUCCUCCCUGGAUAGACUGACUUGGUGUAGCUUGUUCAUAUGCUAGAAGUUUGGAUUUCUAGGGUCAUGUGCUUGAGCAUUUUUACUUUGCGUUCUAGUUCUUUAUAGAGAACUGAUACAUCUUCUGGUUAUUUGAAAAAGGAGUAUGGUGCCCCAUUUCGGCAAAUUAAUGAAGCCCCCCGUCAAACGUUUUUGAAAUAAAUAGAGGAUUUAAGGUAUUACAGAACACAACAGAACACGUAAAUUUCGCAUAUCCAUAAUAUAACUGACGUAAAGGCAAGUAUUGUACGUUAAGCAUAUUUCCUCUGUAGGUAAAACCGGAGUUUUGACGAUAUGUAACUAUGUAAUGUCUGUAAUAUAUCGCUUUCGCCUUCACCAGAUAAAAAUAAGACGUCAUUGGCCAAUCAGCAUUAAACCACAUAUCAUACUUAACAACCCUUUGUCAGGUUGAAUGACAUGCGAUUAGUACAAGUCUAAACUUUUGUUUCUUUUCGUGAAGGCUAGGUUUGCACUAAUGGAGAUUUUUCCCGGAGAUUUUCCCAGAUUCAUAAAUGUUUCCGAAUUUAUUGCAUUUAGAGUAUUCGGAUCCACGGGCGCUUACAGACAUCGUGACACGUCAGUUGACUCGAAGCUUAGCGUGCUAUAAUCUGAGGGAAAAAGCUUUCCGAUUUAGUGAAAGCAGGUUGUCACAGUCGCAAGCAGAAGCGGGAGAACUAGCAUUAUCAAUAGUUUGCCAUUCCGUUUCUGGUACCGACUCCGACAAUCCGUUUUACUUUCUUUUAAUCACUGUCUCUUAGUUCGCGAGUAACCUGACCCGCUCAGAUGUCCCUCUUGUUUUGAUUUUCCGUCGAGCGAAACGCACUGGUGAAAAAUGGCCACGCGCUCACACGCCUUCGUGGCAGGCAUUCGAAAGGAAAGGGGAAGGAAAUUUGGGCGCGCCCCUCGCGCUUCUUGCGCGCCCGAAAUCCCCUUUCCCUUCCCUUUCGAACACCUGCAACGCAGGCUACGCGCGCGCCUGGAGGUGCGAGACAGGAGAGGAGCUCUCUCCUCUUGUAGCUUUGAGGCCCGCGCGCGUACCUACCCACCAUCUUUGUAGGAAAACAUGAGACGGCACGCAGGGAUCUCCUUUUUUCUGGGUUAGCUAAGAACCGUGAAAUGAUAUCGUCACUUUUGGGGAAUCGUUGAUAUCGCAGCACAACAGUGAUAACUUGUAAUAAGGUGGGCUAUACAUAUAGAGCAGCCGGGACAAAUACAGUUGCUCUACUGAACAGUUUUUGUCCUUUAGUCUAAGAGUGCAACGACUUCCUCUUUCUUCUUUCACUCUCACAAUUAUUCCUCUCCGUUUCAUUCAAAGUCGGGCUUGGUUACCCACCCUAAACAGCAUUUUGGCGUCAAUUAGGUCAAAUGGCCGCAGUUUUCGUCAGCCAAGGUUUAGCAAAUCCAGUCAUCCGAAAAAUUGACCAAACCCUUUCGUAAGCGCCCCAGGGAGUUGUUGGCAAAUUGCGCGUUUCGGAAAGGUGGCUACGCUAAAAUAUUCUUGCCCAGUCCUUUCUCUAAGUUAAAAUCGUUUUUUAAAAAACUUUUAGUUGAGAGCUUUAGAUUGUAAGACGAGGACGACAACGAGAACGAGAUUUUCUCAAUACUAAGUAGUAUACCAACAGUAUUUUGGCGGGAAAAUGUGGUAGCCGUCGUCAUUGUACUACGAGUUUUUGCGAAAUUGUCGUAGUGGCGAGAAAAAAGUUAUCAAAAGGUAGGAAAUUUUAUCAUUCAGCGAUCAAGUGAGGGCUUUACCUCUCUCAACGUAUACCUGCCAACUCUCACGCCUUAGGCGUGAGUCUCACGCCUGCGGGUUGAAAACUUCGAUCUCACGCCGGCUCACGCUUGCGGGCCAAUUUCUCACGCCUGAUUGAAAAAUGUGAGUUGUUGCCGUCUUGCUUGACACAAUUUCCAAAAAUAUGUUAACUCAGACCCAUGUAAGGAACGAAAACCAUGUGUAAAAUGAAUAAAUGACAACUGACCUUCCUCGCGAUCUCUGAUUUUUGAAGUGAAAAGCACUAGGAGCGAGCUCGCGUUUAUACGCGUCCUAAGACUGGGACUCGAUAACUUAGCCUUCGGCAGACUUCGGACGUCUUCGGAAGACUUCGGACUUCUUCGGGAAUCUUCCGAAAUGAUCGUGUCGUCUUCAAAAAUCCCAGCACUCCCAGGAUAAAAAUAUCACGCUUAUAUCUCAGAAAAAGUUGGCAGGUAUAUCAACGGUAAUAACUUAUAAGCGUACUAACUUUUGUGGUAAAAAAAGUACAAUGAAGCUUUCCGGGCUGUCUAUUUUUAGAGGAUAGGCGAGAAAACUUAAAAUUAAAUGUCGUCCUCCUCCUCGAAUCUUAAGCUCUCUUCAUGUAAUUAUCUUCAAAGGAAAACUGAUUAGCCAUUAUAAAAACCAAGUUUUUGUUCUUCUUCCCCUUCACUUCUCGUCCCCAGCGCUCUCGUAAUUCCUCUCUUCUUUUUCCUUCUGAAGUGUGAUUUUUGAAUGACCUAAAACUUGUCAGGUUUUCCCUCUUUCACCAGCACAUUUAUCUUCAGUGUGCACAAAGCUAAACUGCAGAUUAUCCGGCCACUUAAUUUGCAUCUCGUUGAUGAAGGAAAGCUAUAUUGUGUUAAGCCUCGUUUUUUCAAAGCCUUCUGAAACGUGUAAGUAAAGUAGCCGGGUAUUCUGCAAUUACUCCGUUCAUAAAAUGCGGCUUUGAGAAGCUUUUAGAAAGAUGUCCGCUUCUGUCAGUUAAAAAAAAGAGAAUGACAGAAAAAAGGGGACCAAGGGACCAACAAAAAGGUGGUUUCUGUUCAUGUGUAAUUCGUUCUAUAAAAACAGUGUACAAAGCGUGACAAGUGCCGAAAGCUUUUCUGAAUAGUUUCCAUGCAUGAUCGCUCCUUUCGUAGGUGUGGCACAGUGAAAGAAAAGAGUCGUUCGUUCCGUGGCUUUGCGUGACCAGCUGCGUGACAGCAAGUUCGAAGAAAGCGAUGGCGUACACUUGGACAGUAGUGGUAGCUGGUAUUUCGUUUCUCGUUUACUUCACCAAGCUUCCUUUUUCUCUGGUACCAGUUCUUUUAUUUGGGGCGUUUUUGGCUUCAGGAGGAAAGUCUUUUCCCAGGAUUUUCUUUCGAACAUUUUUUCGUGAUUUAAGGUACGGUACAAGUGUAAUCAAAACUCUUUCAUUGCCUUUUGUAUUCGUUUAACAAGGGCAGCAUUUAGCAAACAUUGAGAUCAGUUAUGGCUUUCUAGACUUUGUAUAGCUGUGCAGGAUGGCCGUAGCCGGGAGUCAUAGUAUACAAGAGUUAAGUUACUAAUCCGGCAAGGAGCAAGGCACCCUAAAGGUUAAAGCACCUUCGGAACUACAGUACUAGUGCGGCUGACCUUUGCAGCGUGUUUGUUUAUUUAUAAGACUACAGGUCAGAAUAGUAACAUUUCGCUAUUUCGCCUCUUCCAGGUUAUAUACUGUUCUCUUGCGUGUCGGUCCUAAAUAUAGCAGAUUGGAUUGUGUGAUUGAUUGCAAUUUCGGACGCACAAAAUUCAUGCACAAAGUACACAAGUUGUUUGUUUGUUGUGAGUUAUUUGUUUAGUUGCUGCCGUUGUUGCAUUGCGGCGUAGCGCUCGUUUUCAGGCCUCCUCCAACAACGUUCAGAUCAAGAUGGCGUUGCACUGAAGGUCGAAUAUGCUAAAGAUGACAGAGAUUUCCUCUAUUUUUCACCAAAUCAGUCCUUGUGCAUUUUAAAAUACCCGGCCACUUAUAUGCCUCUAGUUGAAUAAGAAAAGCUGCAUAUUGUGUACCAGCGAUCGACAAAAAAGAAACUAUUUGUAAAAAACUGAAUCUAUGCAGACGACGCUGUGGUUAAAUGGAAGGAUACAAAACCCGUUGAGGGGGGAGGCUAGCAAAGUAAUAAAAGCGAUUGUUGNUCCUCCAACAACGUUCAGAUCAAGAUGGCGUUGCACUGAAGGUCGAAUAUGCUAAAGAUGACAGAGAUUUCCUCUAUUUUUCACCAAAUCAGUCCUUGUGCAUUUUAAAAUACCCGGCCACUUAUAUGCCUCUAGUUGAAUAAGAAAAGCUGCAUAUUGUGUACCAGCGAUCGACAAAAAAGAAACUAUUUGUAAAAAACUGAAUCUAUGCAGACGACGCUGUGGUUAAAUGGAAGGAUACAAAACCCGUUGAGGGGGGAGGCUAGCAAAGUAAUGAAAGCGAUUGUUGGUCCCUGCUGCGAAGCCAAAUGUCGAGCACGGCGUGGCCUAGUGUUAAAUUUUCAGCCGUGCUGGGCAGGUUUUGGUUGAAAGGCCAGACGAAUUACAACCCUAGCCCUCCAGGCUGGGGAUGGGGCGAUGGGUUAAUGUCCCAUCCCAGUAAAAAAAUAUAUAUCAUUACUGAAAGCGGACAUACGUCUCAAGAUAGCAGGAGAAGUGUGGAGAACUUAUGGUUAACAGAGCGCGAAGAGGUGAGAAAAGUAGGAAGGCAGGCUGCACAUCCUGAGGGAAUGGCAGGUUUCACUAAUAAAGAAAACUAUGAAAUGUCCUAUUGCUUCCUAGAACUCACUGACCUAUUCAAGAAAUAGCUACAAUCAGGGACAAACGUAGUUGACACACUUGUUUAAAACGGGUGCUUUUAACAAACAUUUCAUUCAUUUAUUAUUUCAUUCCCUUUAAACGCCGUAAAUCCCCGACCCCCCGAAUCAAGGUUGUCUGAAGUAAAAAAAGACUUGAGGGUCCAAAAUUCAACAUUGAUUUUUGGGGGAAGGGGUUGGGGUAGACAGGGGAAGGGGAUAGGUAUAUCCACUAUGCAAAAAGGGUCCAUUUUACGGAAGUGUGUCAACACUUUUGUCCCUCAUUGUAGCUUAAUAUCAGGUCAGUAAUUGUCCUAUCCUUCGGUCAUUACAAUUUUGUCUUCAAAUUCUACACUUCGUAACACUCUCUUACUCUUUGCCAAUUGGGCCGCCGCGCGUUAGGAAACAUUUAGGACUCUUGGGCUGCCACACAUCCAGUAAGCGGUCCAUCGGGAUUCAAAACAUGGCUGUCAGUGCGCUGCCUGUUUGAAAUCUGGAGCUUUGAUUUUGUGAUUCGAGACCCCUUUGGUGAGGCUUUUUCCUCUAAUUUUAGCUACUUGACUUGUUCUAGAAGUUAAAGCUCCACCUGCAGGGAAACUUUUUCAUCCAAUGAUGGAAAGGAGGCUUCGGGGCAGGUGCAAUAUAGAACCGGUUCAAAAGAUUUUUUUAGCGCAAUGAUAGCGAGUGUUGCUACUGUCAAGCCGAAUGCUAAAUAUGGCGAAAUUAGAGUUUAGCUUAGCGUGUUACUGGAUUGACACUAAUAAAGGACUAUCGCUGAAAGCGUCAUCUUCUUAUCCCCCAACGAUGGCCAAUCUACCUUGUUAUCAACGCAGAUCAUUAAUCCAAAUUUGCAUGUAACUCACCCCCACCGACGUAGCACCACAAAUCCUUUAUUUCCAUUUACCUCUGUUUUCAAUGUUACGUUGUCUAGAGGUAUCAUACCACGAAGUACAUUUAUGUGUGUCCUGCAAUGCAUGGUUUUUAUUUCUCUUCUUUUGUCACAAAGGGAGAUAGAAAACCCUUUACUGUUAUUCCAUCUAUUGGUGUAUACCAUAUUUGUCGCCGUCUUCAUUAAUUUACUUUUAGACUAAUGGGCAUGUAUUCGCGGGCGUUUAAUGAAAAUUUGCCUGAGUUAAACUUGGGACAUUUCUGGCCAGGAAGUCUUUCUUAUGACCAGGGCUGCACCAGGAGGGUACCAGGGUGUUUAUAGCUUCCCUAUUGAAGUCAGGCCAUCACACUACUUUACGCUUUUAAUGCCGAUGGAGUGUUCUGCACCCUACCUAACCCUCCCUUUGGUAAGUGUGUUCAAUUUCCACCGGUUAGCAGUGUGACAGUGCCUGGUUGGGGUUUUACCGUGGUUACGUCUCGGCAGUUCUUGGCUUCACCAACCGCUCACACACCUUUCCUCAUGCUCACCUUUGUCGGUGGGUCUCACCCUUGUUUUGAGCGCUCAGUUAGCCAUUGUUUUCAAGGGUGACUAAAUAAUUAUUAAUACAUACUUGACUCGUAGGUACACACAAUCUCAUGUUAGAAAGAAACCUAUAUUAAGCAGUCACCCACGGGAACCACUCUAGUACAAACGUAGUACAGUUGUUCGCAAAAUACAAGUUUGUUUAACUAAAACCAUGGGAAGAAACGCGAGGGACUUUCCAAGGUUUGUGUCCACGUAAUGGAAAUAUUUUGAAGCGGUCCUUGAUAAUCAAAUUAUUUAUCUAAUAUUAAAUUUCUUUUUCCUUCGUGAAGGGCAGUUUACCUGGCUACCCCCUUGGUCAUGAGUUUAUUAAAACAUCAAAGGAACAAUGACACAAUAGCAGAUAUUUUUCGCCAAACAGUGUCCAAGCAUCCUCAAAAGACAACCUUCUUCUUUGAACAGAAAACAUGGAAAUUCCAAGAAGUGGAAGAUUUUGCCAACAGAAUUGCAAAUUACUUCAAAUCACAAGGGUAUAAGAAGGGAGACAAAGUGGCUUUACUUCUGGAAUCGUGCCCUGAAUUUGUUUGUAUAUGGCUAGGGUUAUCCAAACUUGGUGUGAUCACCGCACUCAUCAACACCAACCUCAAACGUGAUUCGCUGUGGCAUUGUGUAUCUGCUGUAGAGGUCAAAGCUAUUAUCUUUGGAACUGACUUUUCAGGUACUGUACGUCCCAGCUACCCACCUUUUUACUUAAUAAUUUUUAAAGGCCUUCUUGGGAUGCAGGAGAAGAAGAGAUGGAGUUUCGUUGCUGUUAUCAUCUACCGAUCACUUUGGCUGUAUAAGUCCCCCGCAUGCAGCAGUCACGCAGUUCAAACGUGAGCAAUUUUGCAGUUCCGUUGAUGUUAAAUUUACUGCAGGGCAUAUCCUGCAACUACACAAGAGGAAACAUUCCCACGCUCGCUCCCGGGUGUAGGUCAUCAUAAGCAAGAAGGUACUUCAUCCUUCCUUUAUCAUAAAAAGACCCUCCUUUUGAUAUUUUGCACCUCAGCAAUUCUUCCCCGGAAUUGGCAUAUUAAAUAAUAACUCGUAACUACAUAGACAGAUACGUCUAUUUCAUUAAAACUAGUGUAAAACAUAAUAUGCUUUACUUAAGCCCUCAUAAUAAAGGGAUGUAAGUUUUGUUAUUGUUUUUACUACUGUAACACAAUUCACUCUUGACAAUCUGUAACAUGUAGGUGCAGUGAAUGACAUUCAUGACCGGGUGCCAAAAACUACACACAUGUAUUACUUUGGACCUGCACCUUGCUCAGUGACCACAGCUUUAAGCUUGAUGAAGGAAUUGAAAAGAAGUUCUCUGAAACCACCAGACACUGAUCACACAAAGUCGUUUAAUGGUAGGUUUAUAGUGUGUAUACACAUGUGUAAAAUUUUGAAGCUUAACUCUCGGACAACACAUGCAGAAUCCCUGAGAAAUUCCAGUGGAAUCCAACAGGGAUUGCAAGUAGCCUGGAAUUCUACAGUAGUUCCCUGACAAUGCUGAAUACUGCCACAAUUUGGAUUUCCAGAACCCAGACAUGACUGCUUAAAUUAAUCAGAUUCUCACCAAAACCUGUAAUUCCAAGAUGUGCUUAUUUGGAAGGUAGAAUCGAUCCUGGACCUGGAAGUUUGUUAUAUUUUGCGUUGUGCAUAUGCCAAAGGCCAAAGACGAAGGCUGCAACAUAUACAGGUCAUCCACAGAGGCAGGGCAUAGGAUGAUUUUUUAGAAAUUUAUUCCUGUCAAUAGUUGUUUUUUUUUUGUAAACAAACUGGUGUUUCGCAGUUGGGUUUCCCAAAUGUUCAGUUGGUACAAUAGUUAUCUUUCCUGGAUCUUGUCUGAUUUUCUAUUUUUCAAUGCAUUUAUCACUGGUACAUGGGUUCAGCGCUCAUUUUUUGUCCUGCAUCAAUACCAUAAAUUUUGUAAGUUCCUAUAAGCUUGUAUUUCUGGAUGUAAAGGAAAAUAUCAAGAGGUAUAUAUUUAUUAAGAAAGGUGGAAUACUGUGAUUUUUUGUUGUAGACGUACUGAUGUAUAUCUACACAUCAGGAACGACUGGGCAUCCAAAGCCAGCAGUUAUAACUAACAAGAGGUAAGCAAUGUUUGAGAGAUCACAGACCUUUCACCUGAUUGAAGUCGAUAAACUGACUGACAUGGACAAUAAUUUGUUUAAGGGAACUGUUUAUCUUCAUCAUAAUUACUAACUAUGGCAGUUACUCACCCGCUACCGCGGGCAAAAGAAUUUGGCAGGCCAGGGUGUUUAUCACUCGUCUUGAAACCAUUACCUUUAUAUUUGAAAACAAAAUUGUGAUGGUGUUUCGUUAUUGCUAUCUUGGGGCCAUCUUAAGCUACCAUUUCGCCUGGCACUUUAAUAGGGGCAAAGUAACUAACUUGAUAUCUAGUUUGAAGUCUGACCCCGUUUCUGCAUUCUGCAGCUUCCACUUUGGUAUUCAACUGUUGUUUUUCGUCUCUUAGAUUUUUCUCUUUUUCCUGCGUUUACGCUAUGUACUGCGUGGCCCCCGAAGACGUCAUUUAUUGCACUUUGCCAUUGUACCACGGUGUUGGAGUGAUGAUGACUGUGGGAUGUUGCCUUACGAGAGGAAACACUGUGGCACUGAGGCGAAAGUUCUCUGCCAGUAGAUUUUGGGAUGACUGUGUGGAAACAAAAGCAACUGUAGGUGCAUGUCAAAUCUGUUAACGAUGUUCUUCUUUCAAACUUAGCUUUAUACGUCUAUUUUAAAUUUGUAAAUAUCAGCCAUAACUUAGUAAAAAAGUGAAAAUGUUAAAUGUUAGCGGGUCUUUUAGAAAUGUCCAGAGCGUCUCAAAACUCCAGGCACCAUGCCUUGUCUACCACGUCCAGCUUAAGUUCCUCAAAGCGCUGCGUUUUUCAUCUGGAAAGCUUGUACCAGUCUCCCCGCAAAAAGGAAGAAAUGAUGGGCUCUUUAUUACUGAUAUUGUGCUCGUUUAGUUUACGUUUUCCUCAUUUCUCUCAAAGCCUAGUGUUACCCGUAUAUAGGUAGUCUGCUUCACAGCCGUUCUUUGUGUCUUCACGCAAAGAACGGCUGUGCAGCAGACUAAUAUGUAGGAGGACACGUUUGCUAUUAACCUAGCAAGUCUUGUUUUUCUUUCAAAUUCAGAUUUAGAUUUAGAACACUCUAACCGCAUUGACGUAGUAAGGCCAACACAACUUGGGUUGGUCUCAAAUUUAAUUGCCGCAUGUAGGCACACACCAGAAGUUUACACUGCCAGAAAUUGAACGUUUCUUGUUCUCACCUUGACAGGUAGUUCAAUACAUUGGUGAAAUUUGUCGUUAUCUUUUGGCCCAACCUUAUCGUCCUUCCGAGAGGCAGCAUUCGGUGCGACUUGCCGUCGGGAACGGACUCCGUCCUCAGCUAUGGAAAGAGUUCCAGUCACGCUUUGGGAUCAAACAGAUCGGAGAAAACUAUGGUUCAACGGAGGGAAAUAUUGGUUUUCUCAAUAUUGACAACACACCAGGGGCUUGUGGAUUUGUUUCUGUUAUCGCACCAGCAUUGAUGACUACAAAGUUCAUCAAAGUUGACACUGCAACUGGAGAUUUACUCAGGGGUGAAAAUGAUUUGGCCGUCCUAGCAGGUCCUGGAGAACCCGGGCUUGCUGUUGGAAAGAUUGUAAAAGGUACCAGUAAUCUGUUCGUUUAGCGAAUCGUACUCAAUAUCACGAAACAACGGUUUCAUGGAAAAGCAUUGUGUUGUGCAAAAAUUAUUUCUUUCAAAGCUGUCAAAGUUGGGAACGACGUUAACUUUUUACUUGCUUCUGGAGCAUUUCUUUCUCUGGGCCCAUCCAAAAAUCUUUUAAAUUACGCAGUGUGACAUUGUUAUUCGAAGGUAGACAUUCCUUUACUGCCAUUGGAUAGCUUAUCUCCACUAACAAAUAUAUACGCUUACUCGAGCUUCAACAUUUCGAGAAUAACAGUGCUGUGACUGCCAUGACUGCAGCCUGACGAAACAGCCUGCCACUCUUAGCGACGCCACUGCUGAUUUCCCCGCUAAAUGACUUCCGAAGAAGGAGCUCAGAAAUUCCAUACUGAUGACUUGUCACUACCCAGACCUAAGUGCUUUUGAUUGGAUGAAGCAAAUAUCAUCCAAUCAAAAGCACUCUCCAGAUUUGGGAAGUGACACGUCAUCAGUAUGGAGUUUCUGAGCUCGUUCCUCAGACGUCAUUUCACAGGGAAACCAGCGACGUAAAAUGUCGACUAUUUUCUCUGGCUGCCUUGAUUUGGGCUAGGAGUUUAUUAGGACUGGAAAAGGAUUCACAUGGUGUCUACAUAACAUGAUACCGCCUAACACUCUUAACGUUUUCCCAAUUCGAUUCUCAAUAGUUCUCCCCUUUCAUGGAUAUGUUAACCAGGAGGAAACAUCCAAAAAGAUUGGCCAUGACAUUCUAGAGAAAGGAAACUCCUAUUUUCUUAGUGGCGAUCUGCUCGUCAAAGAUGAGUAUGGCUAUGUGUACUUCUAUGAUCGCAUUGGAGAUACGUUCCGCUGGAGAGGUGAAAAUGUGUCCACUGCUGAAGUGGAGGCAACAAUGAGCAAGAUACUUGGUCUCCGGGAUGUUGUUGUGUAUGGAGUUCGAGUUCCAGGUACUGAAGGAAAGGCAGGAAUGGCUGCAGUUGUUGAUUCAGAAAGCAAGAUUGAUCUGAGUAGACUUGUCCAAGGUCUAAAUGAGCAAUUGCCACAUUACGCUCAUCCUCGUUUCUUGAGGAUUGUUGACAGUGUUGCCACUACAGGAACAUUCAAGUUCCAGAAAAACAAGUUGAGAGAAGAAGGAUUUGAUGUUAGAAAAAUACAGGAUAAACUACUGUAUUAUGACGUGAAAGAAGGGCAAUAUCUCUCGUUACACGAGGACACGUUUGGUAAAAUCAACCAGGGUAAAAUCAGAAUUUAG